GAACUUUUAGCUCUCUCUCUCUCUCUCUCAACUCGACUAUUCUUUUUCUGAGGCUGAGCAGAGAAAACCGCCAUUAUCUCAAUGCUCCGUUUCUCCAUUUGAUGAAUUCACUCCUGCUUCCCGGCCUUGGAACACAGUUAAGCAGAUGGACGGUCUCACUCUCACCACCGGCUGCUCCCGUCGGUUUCUUCACUCCUCCGCGAGAGCUCGAACAAUUAACCACCACUUUUUCUCUCGUCGACCUGGUUUUCUCGUUUUCGCUUCCAAAGACGGUCCCAAUCUUGACCAUUGGGACCAAAUGGAGCUCAAGUUUGGUCGAAUGCUUGGAGAAGACCCCAAACUAACCCUAGCCAAGAUAAUGGGAAGAAAAUCGAACCCGGAUAUCUCUUAUCUGGAAAUCGAGAAAUCAUUUCAGAAGAACAGAGGCAAAUUAAAUGACAACAUCAAGGAGGUUCCAUUUGAUGAGAGCAGUGAGGAAGGACAGGAGCAAUUAUCUACUUCCUUGGACAGCUUGAAUUUGUUGCGACCUGUUCCGAAGAAAGGAUUCAAACUUAAGGCCGAGGAGAAGGUGCCCGUAACCCAGAUAAGAAAGCCAAGCCAACCAGUUGGCAAGGCAGUUGAUACUACCAAGAGCAGCAUUCCUAAUGUAAUAUUGCGGAAACCUUCCACUUUUAAUGAAGAUGACGUUGAUAUGGAGAAAUCUUCGUCGAGGUUAAAGAUUAAGCCAAACUUGUUCUUGAAGAUGCGAAAGGAGCAACCUAAGGAGAGUUUUAGUGAUAUUACGCUUUUGAAGAAGCCUGGACUGAUAAGUGUCCCUACGGAUUCUGGUGAAGCUGUUGAAGAUCGCUUAAUGUCUGCGUCUUCAAAAGCUGCUGAUAAUCUUGAAAACGAUACUUUGAGCGUGUCUGCAUCUGUUGGAAUGGCUGACGCGGCUGAGAAAAUAGGAUUACAGCCACUUGAGCAGAGUGAUUUGGGUUCUGCUGGAAAGAAAGCUUCUGUAUCUCAGCCUUUGAAUACACUCUCUGUAGAGACCGCAUUGCUAGGAAAACCUCAGAGGUUGGACAUAUCUUCAAGAGAAAGAUCACCUCCUGCUAGAGUAGAGUCUGUCCGUGUGAGUUCUGAAAACUAUAGUGAUGCGGCUGAAAUUGAAAAGUUCCUACAAACUCCACCCCUACAGGAACAUGAAGAUGCUGACUGGACCAGGGCAGAAGAUCUCCUUAAGACAGGAGGGAGGGAAGAAGUAGAAUUAAUUAGCUGUAGCACCAGAGGUUUUGUUGCAUCUUUUGGCUCUUUGAUUGGAUUUUUGCCAUACCGAAAUCUUGGUGCCAAGUGGAAAUUCUUAGCUUUUGAAUCAUGGUUGAGAAAAAAAGGCUUAGACCCAUCUAUGUACAAGCAAAAUUUAGGCAUUGUUGGAAGUUACGAAGUUCAGAACAAAAAUGUUCCUCUAGAUCAAAAUCCCAGUCUUGUUGAGCAGCAAAAUAAUGGAAUACUGACACCAGACAUGAAAUUGGAAGAUCUUCUUGAGAUUUAUGACCAAGAGAAAAUCAAAUUCUUGUCAUCUUUUGUUGGUCAGAGGAUCAAAGUGAAUGUGGUGCUGGCUGACAGGAACUCUAGGAAGUUAAUGUUCUCAGGGAGGCCAAAAGAAAAGGAAGAAUUGGUUGAGAAGAAGAGAAAUCUCAUGGCUAAACUCAGUGUAGGGGAUGUUGUGAAAUGUACUAUCAAGAAGAUCACUUAUUUUGGCAUAUUUGUUGAGGUUGAAGGAGUUCCAGCUCUAAUUCACCAGUCAGAAGUCUCAUGGGAUGCAACCUUGGAUCCCUCAUCCUUUUUCAAAAUUGGGCAGAUGGUGGAAGCAAAAGUUCAUCAGUUGGAUUUUUCACUUGAACGCAUCACCUUAUCCUUAAAAGAAACUACGCCAGACCCACUAAUUGAAGCCUUGGAGUCUGUAGUUGGUGAUCACAAUUCUUUGGACGGGAGGCUCGAAGCAGCAAAAUCAGAUGUUGAGUGGGCUGAUGUGGAAUCACUUAUUAAAGAACUUGAACAGAUUGAAGGUAUCCAGUCAGUCUCAAAAGGCCGUUUUUUCUUGAGCCCUGGCUUAGCUCCUACGUUUCAGGUCUAUAUGGCUUCCAUGUUUGAAAGUCAGUACAAGUUACUUGCUCGAUCUGGAAACAAAGUACAAGAGGUGAUAGUACAAGCCUCCUUGGACAAGGAAGAGCUGAAAGCUGCAAUUUUGACGUGUACAAAUAGAGUUGUAUAGAGAGUAAAUAGUCUGCUCUAUUUAAUAUCUCCAUAGGUUGUUUUAAAUCCCCUAUACCCUGUUUUUGAAGCCCAUUUAUCAAAUUGGAAAUGUCUGCAAUCUUUCAUUUGAAGGUUCAAUCCCAUCAUACGUGCGCAGGAGAAGGGGAAAUAUGGCAAAAAAAGAAUGAAGAGGCAAGUUAAAGAUUCCCUCGGCUGCCUCUUAGCGUGAUACACUUACCAAUUGUCUUAAUCAGGCUCCCUGCUUACAGAAAUUCCUUUGUACUCAAGAAUCAAGAUGCAAAUAAUGAUAAUUAAUAAUGUUAUUCUUAUCCCGUUA